GUGACGAAUCUCUAAGGUAAAACAACAACAACACAAACAAAUACCAGAGAAGAAGGAGAAGAAAACCUAAAAAGGAGUGACCAACAUGGCGGCGGUGAGAAGAACCGGAGUCUCACCACGGAGCCGCCUGUAGCUCCGGGCCGCUCUGGGAGCGUCUGUCUGCGGCAUGCUGCGGGCCUCAUGGCCGCUGUGACGGAGACCUGGAGGAGACACAUCGUCGGUCAGCUGAAGCACCGAGACCUGAACCAGCACCACCGGUUCCAGGACCUGAUCCGCUUCUACAUUCGUCUUCUGGAGAAAACCAGUUUGACCAAAGGAAUCCUGAGCUGCUCCGUCAGAUGUCUGUCCUCUGACAGAAGCUCUGUUUCCUCUCUGCUUCACCAGAAAAACAAUCUGAAGAAAACUACAGGAGAGCUGGCCUAUCAGGUGCUGGAGCUGCAGCAGCAGAUUCAAAUCAAAGAAUGUGUUCUGGAGGAGCAACAUGCCAGACUGGUGGAGGACGGGUCCCGGCUGGAGGGUGCGCUUGAUGCUCGUCGGGCGCUGCAGCAGCGGGUGGAAACGGUUCAGGAGGAGAACGGGGCGUUGAAGAGGAAGUACGACGAGCUGCUGGAGCUUCAGAGACGAGAGGAGACGAAGCUCAGAGAGGAGACGGUGAGAGGAGAACACCUGCUGGAGGACCUGAUCCACCUGAAGACACAGGCCGCCGCCCACAUGAACAGCCACAACCAACGCAGGUCGAGGUACCUGAACCUUAACGCACCUGAACCACCUCACACACCUCAACACACCUCAACCGCCUCACACACCUCAACCAUUGACCUGCUCUUCUCUCUGUUUGUCUCCAGAGUGUUUAAGAAAGCCAGUCCCAAUGGAAAGCUCACUGUCUAUCUGGGGAAGAGAGACUUCGUGGAUCAUGUGGACCUGGUGGAGCCUGUUGAUGGCGUCGUCCUGAUCGACCCGGAGUACCUGAAGGAGAGGAAAGUGUUCGUGACUCUGACCUGUGCGUUCCGUUACGGCCGUGAGGACUUAGACGUCCUCGGGUUGACGUUCCGUAAAGACCUGUUUGUGGCGAACGUCCAGGCAUUUCCUCCGCCGCCCGAAGAGAAGAAGAGUCUGACUCGUCUUCAGGAACGGCUGAUUAAAAAACUGGGAGAACACGCCCACCCGUUCACCUUUGAGAUUCCUCUGAACCUGCCGUGCUCCGUCACCCUGCAGCCGGGCCCCGAGGACACGGGGAAGGCCUGCGGAGUCGACUUCGAGGUGAAAGCUUUCUGUGCAGAAAAUGUCGAAGAAAAGAUCCACAAAAGGUAAAAGUGAGUCCGCUGCAGUUUGACAGAAUCAAGAGAUGAAUUAUGAAUGAAAGUGAAAUCAGUCGUGCUUCAGCAGCUCCCUGCAGAGAGAGAGGAUCACUGCUGCAUGACCGACCAGAACCAGAACCAGAUCUAAAUAUAUAUUCAUGCUCAUAAUCAGGAGCCAGUAAACCUACCAGCAUCACGAGGUUCAUCAGACCAGAGUCAUUCUAGAGUCCAUAAAAUAAUGAAAUGUCAGAGUCAAGGCCAGUUAGAUUCUAACCGGCACAAACCUCCGUCAGGUAAAGGGUCAAUGAGUCUAGACUACAGACUAGACCAGGGGUGGGCAAACGUUUUGGCUCGGGGGCCACAUUGAGUUUUAAAAUUUGACAGACGGGCUGGGCCAGUAGCAGAUGAAUGGAGAGUGUUUAUGUGAACUAAUAUAAAUUACAAGUAAGCCAUGACCUAAAAAGUAAAGAAAACUUACAAUUAAUCUCAGUGGGAACAGUGCUGUUGGUCACCUUCUUUUGCCAGUGCAUCAAUGUUUGAUGCCACUUUGGUUUUGGCAAUUCUCAGAACAGAUCUAAUGUUUUUGUCAGUGAAAGACUGUGGUCUUUAGAGCAAUUUGCUUCUUUAAAGGGAUCAUACAGAUAUUUGACUUUCACAAUGAACAUUUUCAGAGUUCUGCUCUGUAAUCUCUUUCCUUGUCUCUCCCCCCUGUGUCAUGGUGUGGGUACAUCUCACUGGAGUCAGGAAACGUAUCAGAAUACC